AGGCCAAUGGCCCAAUGCAAUUUAUUUUUGCAAACGACGUCGUUUACUAGGUCAAUCAUUCCAAUCAAGUCCAGAAGACUAGCUAGCCUUUCUCUCUGCAAAGGAUCAGAACCCAUGACAUCGUUAUCCAUCGUCACUCCGCAAAUUUCACUGAAGAGUUCUUCAGCAGUGGAAACUAGAAGAAAAUACACAAUCUGCGCAUCUCAGAAAUCUCCAAUUCUGAUCCGACGGCUCUCUAGAUUCAGGAAUUUCACCUCGCGGUUCCGUAUGAGUGUUGAUAAUGGAAGCUCUAAUCGGAGCGGAGAUCGGAUUGGUGCCGGAGAUGCCGUGAUCAUCGUCGACCACGGUUCGCGCCGCCGGGAAUCUAACCUCAUGCUGAAUGAGUUCGUUGCUAUGUUUAGGGAUAAAACUGGUUACCCUAUUGUAGAGCCUGCUCACAUGGAGCUGGCUGAACCGUCAAUAAGAGACUCGUUUGCAUUGUGCGUUGAACAAGGGGCCAAACGUAUCAUCGUAAGCCCAUUCUUUCUCUUUCCUGGUCGACAUUGGCAACAGGAUAUUCCUUCCUUAACAGCCGAAGCAGCAAAGGAUCACCCAGGAAUAUCGUAUAUAAUAACCGCGCCUCUCGGUCUUCACGAAAAACUUGUGAGAGACUAUAUUUGUUAUGGUUCUGUUGUCAGGAUGUUGUGAAUGAUAGAAUAAGUCACUGCUUAAGCCAUGCUGCUGGCGUUGCAGAAGAAUGUGAAGUUUGUGCAGGAACAGGCAAAUGCAGAUUUAAUUAGUGUAUAAUAGUAAGGGCUUGGGAUGAAACUGCUCGGGUUUUUCGUCGACUUCCGUUCGAAGGGCCUAUAACAAUGUGGAGAAGCUACAGAAGGGAUAAAAAUGAUUUCGACAUAUUUAUGACUUGACUACUGAAGGCUCGACAAUCUACCUAUUUUGUUCGGUAUCAAUGCUUUGUAAAACUUGACCUUUUUGGUUGUUUCUCUAUUGUAUUUUCACAUAAUGACUAUAAUAUGCACAAUAAGAUGGUUCUCAAAAAUGGGUUUGAGAACAUUUUUCCA